CGCCCUCCGCACGCCCCCACCCAGAGGGGACCUGGCCGCGGAGGAGGCGGCGGUACCUUGGACAGAGCCGCUGCGACUUGCAGAGCCCGCCCGGCAGCCGCUCCGGAGCUCCCCGACGAGCAGAACUGAGGCAUCAGGCUCCAUAAGUGCCCCCAAGUGACUUCAAUUUCUGUCCUCAACGAAAGAUACCAAAAGAAAUGCAGGAAUGCCUGACCUAGAAAAAAACAUGCAGAAGAAGGAGAAAGAUUCAUGCAGUAAAGAUGAAAGAGAAGUGCCAAAACUUCCUGUUCCACCACUGCAACAGACCUUACACAUGUACCUACAGUGCAUGAAACACUUGGUGCCAGAGGAGCAAUUUAAAAAGACCAAGGCCAUCGUGGAGAAAUUUGGAAUUGCAGGAGGCCUGGGGGAAUCCUUGCAGCAAAUGCUUGAGGAAAGAAGUGAAAAGACAAUAAACUGGGUGUUUAACUACUGGCUGGAUGACAUGUACCUCAACAACCGCCUGGCUCUUCCAGUCAAUUCCAGCCCCGCAAUUAUCUUUGCCCGUCAGCAUUUCAAGGACAUAAAUGACCAGCUGAGGUUUGCUGCCAAUCUCAUUUCAGGAGUGCAAGACUACAAAGCUUUACUGGACACCCAUGCUUUACCUACUGAUUUUUCUCGUGGACAGCUGUCUGGCCAUCCUCUCUGCAUGAAGCAAUACUAUGGACUCUUUUCUUCCUAUCGUCUUCCAGGACUUACCAAAGAUACCCUCGUGGCCCAGAAAAGCAAUGUAAUGCCAGAACCAGAGCACAUCAUUGUUGCUUGUAACAAUCAGUUUUUUGUUUUGGAUGUUGUCAUUAAUUUCCGUCGUCUCAGUGAGGGAGAUCUUUUCACUCAGUUACAAAAGAUAGCAAAAAUGGCAGAGAAUGAAGAGGAAAUGCUGCCUCCAAUUGGCCUGCUGACAACAGACGGAAGAACAGAGUGGGCAGAGGCCAGGAUGACCCUUAUGAAAGACUCCACCAACCGCGACUCUCUAGACAUGAUUGAGCGGUGCAUAUGCCUGGUGUGCCUGGACAGCCCCAGUGGGGUGGAGCUCAACAACACAAACAUGGCAUUUCAGAUGCUGCAUGGAGGAGGCUACCAUAAAAAUGGGGCCAAUCGUUGGUAUGACAAACCUAUGCAGUUUGUGGUAGGAAGAGACGGACUCUGCGGGACCGUGUGCGAACAUUCCCCUUUCGAUGGCAUCGUAAUGGUGCAGUGUGCUGAAUACCUGCUCAGGCACAUGAAAGAAAGUUCCAAGAAAUUAGUCCGAGCUGAUUCAGUGAGCGAGCUUCCUGCUCCACGGAGACUAAGAUGGAAGUGUUCCCCUGAUAUUCAGACACAUUUGGCAUCAGCAGCAGAAAAACUCCAAAGGGCAGUGGAAAAUCUGGAUUUUAUAGCCUACAAGUUUGAACACUAUGGAAAGGAAUUCAUUAAGAAACAGAAGAUUAGCCCAGAUGCCUACAUUCAAGUAGCACUUCAGCUGGCAUUCUACAGGUGCCACAGGAGGCUUGUCCCAACCUAUGAAAGCGCUUCCCUGCGCCGAUUUGAGGAGGGCCGGGUUGAGAAUAUUAGGUCUGCUACCUCCGAAGCAUUUGCUUUUGUCAAGGCAAUGGCAGGUGACAAGGCAGCUGUGUCGCUUCUUCAAUUUCCUUAACGUUAUCAUGCUCAGAACUUAGCUCCUGAUGAACAAAGCUCAAGAUUCUGAGAAGAUGCAGAAAUUUAAGGAUGCAAUUGCAGCUCAGACUAAUUACUCUGUUCUGAUGAUAGAGGUCCCUAUCUGGAACCUG